AUGGUUGUUAAUGGUAGUAUCAACCAGACUAGUCCUGAAUCAUUACAAAAUCAAAAUCAAAAUGAGGAGAGAAAGGAAGUACCUAGGAAUCGCUACCUUACCCAGCUAGAGGAAUCAAAAUUUCAGCGUAGAUCGAAGAAACUUCUUGUUGCUGGAUUGAGGAAGCGAUUGCUUGAAUCUAUUUCUAGAUCAGGACUUGUGGUGAUAGACAAGGAGUACAUAUUGCCAAUUAGAAGCUCCAUCAGUUAUUGUCUUAAUGAAGUACUUAUACUCUUGCAUGCCGGUAUCCGGUUUUGGAAGCAAGUUGAGCUCUAUCUUAGGAACCUAUUUUUCUAUGUCAUCCAUUCUAUUUCUCCUUUUGCACUCACUUCGCCUUUCCUACAUUUGAAUUAUUACAAAUGGAGCACUGGUUAUGCUGAAGAGGCAUUCUACUUUGAUGAAAAAGUUAGAAAUGAAAAACGAGAACAACUGGAGCCAAAAGCUUUGAACGUAAACUACAUAAAACAACUGUCAUCUAAACCCGGUUUUGUGAACAAAAGAGUAGGAUUUGCAGCUCCUGCUAAAUCCUAUAUCGAUUCUGUAAUGCUUGAGUUUGACCAAGCAUGUGCAGGUAAUGUAUAUAAUAUCAAGUAUGUUUUUGUCUUGCAUGUGUACCCUAUUUUAGCAGUUUAUUUUUCUGCUUUUUCAGAUGCUACCAUCAGAAAGGUUAAUUGGGAUACAUCUGAAGUCGGGGAAAAACUUUCCCAAGAUAUUGAUUCGUACAAAUCAUCGGUUUGUGAAGAAAUUUUGUCAAAAGGGAAAGUUAGAUAUGAGGUGAUUUUCUUGAUAGCUAUUCCCUAUAACCAUGCAACAUAUAUAAAGCUUCUUUCAGGCGAAAGUGAGAUUGCAAUAUCACUAGUGUCAGCUGGCAUUUCUGGUUUAAAGUUAGAAGUAAAGAAAAGCAACAAAAUGAUACAAGAUUUGAAGGAAUAUGCUAGUAAUGUUGUGCAAAGAAAAGCAAGAGAAGAAGCUGGAAAAAGUUCUCCACUCAAUGACAGUCAGGCUUUUGUCUGUAAUAGCUGCCAUGCAUUAGAUGAGAAAUCAGAUAAAAUUGAGAAAAUUGCUAUUUUCCUCCUUCUAAAUGGAAAAGUGCGUUCAAAAACUCUUGCCUCAAACACAUGGCCAAAGGUACAAUUUGACAAUUCAAAAAUUUCUCAUGUAAAAUCAAAUGUACUGUUAGGUUUCUCCAAAGGAUACGCUGAUUACACCAGCGCAAUGCAAUUUGUUAUGGGAACAAUUCCAAGUCGAUUUCUUGCCUCAUACUCAAGCUUUUUUGUUCAAUUGCAAAGCCACUCCAUAGGAAUUGCGCAAACUGUACUUUCUGUUGCAGCCAUUGGAAUUUCCGUCUUAUGUACUUUAUCUGGUCUUCAAACUAGAAGGAUGGUCGUCUACAAAUUUGUUCCCAUAUUGAUCGUCUCAUAA